AUGGUGUCUCAAGCGGCAUAUCCCUAUCUCAUCUCGAAGGUGGCAGAUCCGCUCUUCGCCAUAGUAAUUGGUAGUUCAGCUGCCUUCAUCCGAAUAAGGCGCGAGCACCGUGAACGUUUCCCCGACCAACCCUCAGACUUCAUCUCGCUACUGAGUCUGGCCCAAGGAAGAGCAAGCCGAUGGUGGAAUAACUGGCAGUGA